UAAUAUCGGGCAAACUUGGGGUCAGUCACCCUAUCUAGAAGGUUUUUAAUCGGCGUCUGCAUUGUUUACAUCACGUACGAAAAAAGGGGUUGAACGGAAGGUCCGAAAAUAGUUCAUUAAAAUUACAAAAUUACAAGAUACUUUCUUCUGACUAGCACCGGCAGCUUUUUCGGACCCUCCAGCAUAUGCCAUGGAGCUCUCUGGUAGAUUCCAGCUCGGGCUGAUUCUGUUGGCUGGAUGCGUUUUAGUGAUUUGCCAAUCGGCCACCACACACAAACAUGGGCACAGUCACGCGGAAACCGGCGAACGGCUGGAAGAUGGCAGCUACGCUCCCCGGGACGCGCACCAUAUGGAUGGCGGAGAGCAUCAUUCGGAGUUCGACCACGAGGCCAUUCUUGGCAGUGUGAAGGAAGCAGAAGAGUUUGAUAAACUUUCUCCGGAAGAAUCCAAGCGCCGGUUAGCUCUGCUAGUGGUCAAAAUGGAUCUGAACUCGGAUGGCUUUGUCGAUCGUCACGAGCUUAAGGCCUGGAUCUUACGUUCGUUCAAAAGUUUGCUAGAGGAGGAAUCUGCCGACCGCUUCCAGGAUGUAGAUCUGAACGAAGACGAUGUUGUGUCCUGGGAUGAAUACUACAUCGAAACUUACGGAAUGGACAACGAGGACGACGAAGACGGCGAGAAAGUUGCUCCGACCGAUCCGCACAAAGAGGAAGAAAAGAAACUGAUUGCUGACGACAAGGAAAUGUUUUCGGCUGCCGAUGCCAACAAAGAUGGUAAGCUGGACCCGACCGAGUUUGUGCAGUUUAUCUCGCCGGAAGAAUUUCCCGAAAUGUUCUCGGUGGUGUUGAAGCAAACGUUGCGCAACAAAGAUACCAAUAACGAUGGUAAAAUUGACUUCCAAGAGUACGUUGCUGAACAAUCGCGAGGUCACGACAAGGAAUGGCUGUUAACCGAAAAGGAUCGUUUCGAUAACGACUACGAUAAGGAUGGCGAUGGUUACCUCAAUGGAAACGAGAUCCUGUCAUGGAUUUUGCCCAGUAACGAGGAAGUGGCAGAAGAAGAGGUGUCGCACCUGUUCGCGUCGGCCGACGAUGAUCACGAUGAUCGCCUGUCGCAUCAUGAAAUCAUCGACAAGUACGACAUCUUCGUCGGUAGUGAAGCCACCGAUUACGGUGAUCAUCUGCAGAACAUUCACCACUUCGAAGAUGAAUUGUAAGCGCACACAAGAAAGUAAGGGCGGCAAUCAUCGGUUAUCUCUCUAUCACUACUCGUGAGACAAUUUGAACGAGACGCUGCUCGAACAAAAUUAUUGUUUUGUACUGGAUAGGUCUAGUCUUCGGAAUAAGUUCUUCAAGCUUUGAGAGUCCAAAUGGAACGGUAAGUAAUUUCUAGUGACAACCAUAAACCGCUUAUAAUUUAUUGUGAAGAGUAGCUAAAUUUUCGUAAUCUCUGUUUAUUUCAAACGAGUUCUAGUAACUUAUGCCAUAGGGUAUUUGUACCCAGAUAAUAUUGUGUUGUAAUACUUUUUGACGUUUCCUAAUAAUCAUGAUACCGCAGACUAUUUUAGAAAAAAAUACCAUUAAUAAACCUACUUUAUUGCAUUUACGAGACUUUCUAUAGGAUAACAUUUAUGAUUAGUCAACCAAAAUUUUGGACGUUCAAAUUACUAUUAAUACAAACCAAUACAAAUUAUGCCAAUAAAUAAUUAUUUCUUCUA